GCCCCCACAGCGCCCCCUGGGAAGGCGGGCAGCCGCCAUCGAUGAGCUCGGCCGCUCGGCGGAGAGCCCUGCUCGGCGGUGCGGAGUGCGGCUGGCGCGGCGCUUGUUGCCGUUGCGGGGGAGGCGGCGGCGAUGGCGGCGGAGCAGCUGUACCCGCGGAACUCCAUUGAAGAUGACUUCAACUACGGCAGCAACGUGGCUUCGGCCAGCGUGCACAUCCGCAUGGCUUUUUUGCGGAAAGUCUACAGCAUUCUUUCCAUUCAAGUUCUUUUGACCACAGUCACGUCUGCAAUUUUUCUGUACUCUACUGGAGUGCAGGCAUUUGUUCAUGAAAGGCCUGCCUUGCUUUUGAUAUCCGGGCUUGGAUCUUUGGCUAUAAUUGUGGCACUGACCCUCUACAGACACCAGCAUCCUGUUAAUUUAUACUUGCUUUUUGGAUUUACCCUUCUGGAAGCACUGACAGUUGCCAUUGCAGUGAGUUUCUAUGAUGUGUCCAUCGUCUUGCAAGCCUUUAUUCUUACUACUGCUGUAUUUCUUGGACUGACUGCAUAUACCUUGCAGUCAAAGAGAGACUUCGGCAAACUUGGAGCAGGCCUCUUCACUUGUUUGUGGAUUUUAAUCCUCUCGGGUUUCUUGAGGCUGUUUUUCUACAGUGAGACAAUAGAGCUGGUGUUUGCUGCUGCCGGAGCUCUUCUGUUCUGUGGAUUUAUUAUUUAUGACACUCAUUUGCUGAUGCACAAAUUAUCCCCUGAAGAGUACAUACUGGCUGCAAUCAAUCUCUAUUUGGACAUAAUCAAUCUGUUCUUACACCUGCUGCGUUUACUGGAAGCAUUUAAUAAAAAAUAGUCAAAAGCAGCAUGGUUUGACAAUAGCAUACAUAAAGUUAAGUACCUAGAUAGUAUUUGGAUGAUCUACAAAAUGUGUAGUUCUGUCUUCUAGAGACUGAAUCUUUGUUACUUUUUCAUUCCAUGAGUAGUGAUCCAUCCUUAGGAAAAAGAGAAAGCUUUUUAUUUAGCUACAGUUUUCUAGAAAUGUGUAUUUUAUGGAGUUAACAUGCUAUCGUCAUUUUGGUCUCUUUUUUAAUCACUUAAUUUGCGCUUGACGUGAUUAACAAUUAAAACAUUUGCCAACUUCCAAUUGCUCCAAAGGAAGCCUCUCUCUGCUGUUCUGUAGCUGCUGGAAGUGUUUCCUUUGGGAUUGUAAGUGUGUACUGCGUAAAGGUACCCUGAGUUUAUCCUUGUGCAAUGUUAUACUAAGCUAAUUAUUUUCUAGUUUUUAUUUGGUAAAAUGGAUCACUGUCUCGAACAGAUACUUUGUUUGUGUUAAGGGCUGUCAGAUGAUUAUGUAAGCUGGGAGGGUAUUAAUUAAAGGGAAUGUUCUUUGUUAAAGCAUUAUUUAUUGCCUGUCUUUCAGUGUUCUGAAAAAUCAUUUGGAGAUUCUGUUAUUUUAUCAGCUUGUGUAUAUUAAGGUUAAUUGAUUGUCUGUCAAUAAAAACUGGAAGACCUUUAGUCUGUUUUUGUGGUUGAGAUGGGAGAACUCGGGCACAGAGAGACGCAGCCACAGCUGCUGCUUCCCAAGCUGCUGAAAUCCUGGGUAAAAACAAUUGUGAAUGGAUUUCUUAUUUCAUAUUCAGUGUUUAUGCCCAAGUGUUGGCAUCGUACACAUUUUCACGCUGGACGUUGAGCGAGGCUAUUGAAGUAUGACUGCAAAUUGUUCAGAGAAGGGGUGAUAAUUUCUCUCUUCUGUCUUAGAGUUUCAUUAAAUGUGUGGCAGUAGCUAAAAAUAAAACUUGUCGUUUUUCCUGGUGGUGAAA